GCGACGUCAGAGCGCGGCAGCGCGGCAGAGACGGGCCGGGGGCUGCGGGCGCCAUGAGCAAAGCGCACCCGCCCGAGCUGAAAAAGUUCAUGGACAAGAAGCUGUCGUUGAAGCUGAACGGCGGCCGGCACGUGCAGGGCAUCCUGCGGGGCUUCGACCCCUUCAUGAACCUGGUGAUCGACGAGUGCGUGGAGAUGGCGGCGGGCGGGCAGCAGAACAACAUCGGCAUGGUGGUGAUCCGAGGGAACAGCAUCAUCAUGCUGGAAGCUUUGGAACGAGUAUGAACCCCUGGAAAACCCCAAAUCCCCACCCACCCCUUCCAUUCCCUCGUCCACGAUGCCGCCCAGGAGUGAACAAUUAUUUUGGUUUUGUUAUUAAAUCAGUUUUGUAAUGGUUGACCUAACUCAAGCCUUUCUCAUACCAAUUUUUGGCAGCUGGGUGUUAAUUCCGCUCCCAACCCUGGGAAAACUCAUGGAAAACCUUUUCAUUUAUGGGAGUGGGUGUUAAAUUUGUGCUAUUUUUGGUGGUUCUCUCUUUCAAAACAUGGACACUUAACAAUUCUUUAUUAACUCCUUCAUACCUGAACACAGUGAUGGAUAUUGGUGGUUUUUCCUCUUUCCCACCCACUUUGGCAGCUCCCAGCAGCUCAUCUUCUCCCUGAGGAAUUUUUCUUUGGCAGGAAAAGUUGUCCCAGCUUACCUGGGAACGCUUCACUGCUCCUGUUCCCUCCUGAGCUGGCCACACAGGUGGCACUGGGGGACAUCAAGAUGAGAUAUGGGGAGGAAUUUUGUCAUGGAAGGAAAGAGUUGUCCAGCCUAGGCUGUGGCAGAGUCAGAAUCCCUGAAAGUUUCCAAAAAACACAUGGACGCGGCACUUGAGGAAAUCGUUAACGGUGAACGCAGUUGGGUU